UGUAAACAAGCACCAAUACAAUAUAGUUUGUGGAAUCUGCAACUGGAAAUUAGCCGACAUGUACUACAAGGGUAGCUAUUUAUCAAGAUUGUAUUUAGUGUUUAUUUCAUGUUUGCAUACAUUAACGAAUGCGUAUAUCGUAAGGAAUCACCCAUGUUGCCAAGAACCAAGUGAGAACCUCACGUUGGCUAUGGUGAUAGAUGCUUAUGAGAUAUAUGGGCACGACCCCACCGAUAAGUUGGACCAUUUAGCGCACUAUCAAAUUGAAAUGAUGAAGAUUAAGAGAGCACCAGAUCAGUAUAUCGUAAACGAGCAUGUUCACAUUGCAACAGAUCACCUGGGGAGGUUCAUCAACAUGCACAUUAAGGAGUUGAAGGUUUUGUUAAUAGCAUUGGAGGACGCCAUAGACAACAUGCUGACAAUGUAUGACAAUCAUAACGCUAUAAAAACAGAAAGGGUGGCUACAUACAACUCGGCUGGAGGGGGUGCGGUGCCAUCGGAAUUUUAUCUUAGUGAAGAAUACUAUUGCGGCAAGAAUGUAUACAUUUUUAUAUCAGAAUUAUAUAGUGAUAUUUACAAUAUGGGCCGGGGGCCAGCGCCUUACUGUAGGGGACGGUCUUUCCACUUUUUGGGCUUUGUUCACCUAAUGGACGACAAACACUAUUUUCUAGAAGAGGAUCCUAGCAUAGCUUUUCAGAUGGACAACUUUUUACAUGGACUAGAAUGUCAUCUAGGACUGUGCAUUUUCAGAUUUCCAUUCAAAAAGAACUUGCAGCAUAUACGUGAUGUGGCCACUCUGCCUAAAGCUAUAGUAAAAUGUGGAACAGACAUGUACAAAUUGCCUCCAUUGACCGCUGCUUCUUGCAUAAUCACUUCAGGCUCUUUCAUACUCGACUUUAAUAUUCAGGGUAUAAGGUACAGGCAUUAUGACUAUUUAUUGACACUGCCCAAUGGGCAUACCUUUUAUACUAAAGAAUGUCAUUCUCCGCUAGUGUGCGACCAUCAUGUUUGCGAGUGGAACAACACAAACUUUUAUGGAGGUCCAUUCGUAAUCCCGGGAGAUCCAGGGACGGGCCUAUCUCCUAUUCCACCAUUCCUGGAGCAAACGACAGAGAUGCCAUUCUCCACCACAGAACCGGGAACUAUUGAGAGCAAUGUUACGUAUACAUUGGAUGGCUGUUGGUUUAUGUUCCCGCCCAACUAUGGCUCAAUCGCGGGGGUCAGUUAUUUGGAUCCACUUACUGUCAACGAGUAUCGUUACACCUGUCAAGGUUCUGGAAAUAAGGGUUUAUACUGGUAUCCACAAUGGAUGGGCAUCCCACCUCAUCAUCCGUACCCACAAUCAGGCGACACCCCCAAUGACUUGCAGCAGGGUGCACCGAAUCUAUUUUACCCACAUCAACAGGGCCAAUUACCAGCCAAGAUAUUGAUGCCGGAGCCACCGAAACACGCUUAGUUGUAUAGAAUUUAUAACUGUAAAACUUCUUAUUGAAAACUAUCGAGAGUUUUAUACUGUAUUAUAAUUAUUUAUAACUUCGUGGUUGGCCGUGCUGCUCGCGACACAGCCGUAAACCGUGGUCAUAAUUCCACUGAGUUCGAAAAUAGUACAGCAACCCAGAAAAAUACGCGAGAAAAGCCGAUAUAAAUAAUUAUAAUAUAAUUAUUUUAUUUUUUGUAGAAAAGUCUGAUAUAAAAUAUUACAAUAUUGUUUUUCAUUAUUCAUAUAAGGUUCGCCGUAUCGGUCUCGGCAUAGAAAAGGCCACAGAGGCGACUAAGGGAGUGCGAGGGAUGGGCAGCAGCGUCCCUUGUACAUUUCCAAAGCCUAACUGCGGUUUCAAAUCCGCCUGCCAAGCGUGGCAACUUAAAAUUAAAAAUAAAAAACAACAAUUACAAUUUUUAAUAACUUUUAUUCAUAUUCAUAAUAAUUAUAAUUUACACAAACAUAACGAAACCUAAUGUCAACUUGAUACAAACAACUUGACCGAUCAUUUGACUUAUAUAAUAAAGUAAAAUACAAAAAUUGCAAGUAAUAUAA